UAUAAAUAUAUAUAUUUUUAAAUUAACAUUAUCUGCCAAAGUAAAGCCCUGUAGACAAAGAAGAGCUCUGCAGCAGGUACCAAAAUAUUCAAAGGACAUUUGCUCAAAAGUGACGUUACAAGUUUAUCAUCUUUCAAAGCAGAAUGACUUUCUCAUUGCACCUCAACUGUAGUGUGCGAUAUACCAAAGCUAAUUUGCAAACAUUUCUGUAAAGUGAUAUAUAGCGUUUUGGUAUAAAACUCUUCUCAAGUUUCCAUAUCUGAGCUCAGAGGAGAUGAGAGAUGUAAUGUUUGUCUCUGUUGUGUUGAAGACCAAUCAAGCAGGAGAGACCAGCCUCCCCUGUUCCCAGCUGUGUUUCCAUGAAGAGUGACCGGUCUAUGGAACCUCCUAUAAUGUUUAGAGAGGGAGACUAUUCUACUGAACAAAGAAACCAACAGGAGAGAUCAGAGUCAGAGAUUCUCAGUGGUCAGUCUUCCCAGAGUCAUCAAACAGACCUGGACUCCAUAUUCAGUUUGCUUGAAAAGAAAAUGAUGACAUUUGUGAAGAACGAGCUGAAGCUGUUCAAGAGGAAUCUUAGUCCAGAACUCCCAGACGGCUUUGAGAGUCAGAAGCAGGAUAAGGAAGUGGUGGAUGCUGAAGAUGAGAAGCAGGAGAGCAGUGCCAGAGAGGGGGCUCUGAAGAUCACACUGCACAUCCUGAGGAAAAUGAACCAGAAGGAGCUUGCUGACACACUGGAGAAAUAUGAUCUUGCUGUGAUUUGCCAACGUGAACUCAAAUCUAAUCUAAAGAAGAAGUUUCAAUGUGUAUUUGAGGGGAUCGCUAAACAAGGAAACCCAACACUUCUCAAUAAGAUCUACACAGAGCUCUACAUCACAGAGGGUGGAACAGGAGAGGUCAAUAAUGAACAUGAGCUGAGACAGAUUGAGACAACAACCAGGAAACAAGCAAGACCAGAGACUGCAAUCAAAUGUAAUGACAUCUUCAAACCCUUAACUGGACAAGACAAACUUAUCAGAACUGUGCUGACAAAGGGAGUCGCUGGCAUUGGAACAACAGUCUCUGUGCAGAAGUUCAUUCUGGACUGGGCUGAAGGAAAAGCAAAUCAGGAUGUCCAAUUUGUAUUUUCAUUCCCUUUUCGGGAGCUGAAUUUGAUGAAAGAGGACAAACACACUUUCAUUGAACUUCUUAAUCACUUCUCAAUGGAAACCAAACAAUCAAGAAUCUCAAACUACAACAAGUACAAAGUUCUGUUCAUCUUUGUUGGUCUGGAUGAGUGCCGACUGCCCCUAGACUUCCAGAAGAACAAGAUCUGUUGUGACGUCACAGAGUCAACCUCAGUGGAUGUUCUGCUGACAAAUCUCAUCAAGGGAAAUCUGCUUCCCUCUGCUCUCCUCUGGAUAACUACCCGACCUGCAGCAGCCAAUAAGAUCCCUUCAGGGUGUGUUGACCAGGUGACAGAGGUACGAGGGUUCAAUGACCCACAGAAGGAGGAGUACUUCAGGAAGAGAUUCAGUGAUGAGGACCUGGCCAGCAGAAUCAUCUCACACAUAAAGACAUCAAGGAGCCUCCACAUCAUGUGCCACAUUCCAGUCUUCUGUUGGAUUUCUGCAAUAGUCCUUGAACACAUGCUGAAACAUAAGAGAGAAGAGAUGCCCAAGACUCUGACUGAGAUGUACACACACCUUGUGGUGUUUCAUACCACACCGAAUGAAAAGUAUCUUGGGAAAGAAGAGACAGGUCCACACUGGGAUAAAGAGACCAUUCUGUCACUGGGGAAACUGGCUUUUCAACACCUUGUGAAAGGCAAUCUGAUUUUCUAUGAAGAAGACCUGAAAGAGGCUGGCAUUGAUGUCAAUGAAGCCUCAGUGCACUCAGGAUUGUGCACACAGCUCUUUAAAGAGGAAUGUGGGCUGUACCAGUACAAGGUGUUCUGCUUUGUUCAUCUGAGCAUUCAGGAGUUUCUGGCUGCUGUAUAUGUGUCCCUCUCAUUCAUCAACAACAAUGAGAAUCUAAUGGAUGAACUGCAAACAAAAGACGAGUCUGAAGUUACUUUCUACAAGAGUGCUGUGGAUAAAGCCUUACAAAGUGAGACAGGAAACCUGGACCUUUUCCUCCGCUUCCUUCUGGGCCUCUCACUGGAGUCCAAUCAGAAGCACUUACAAGGUCCACUGACAAAGACAAGAAGCAGCUCACAGAGCCAUGAAGAAACAGUCAAGUACAUCAAGGAGAAGAUCAGAGAGAAUCCCUCUCCAGAGAGGAGCAUCAAUCUGUUCCACUGUCUGAAUGAACUGAAUGACCAUUCUCUAGUGGAGGAGAUCCAAAGCUACCUGAGCUCAGGAAGUCUCUCAGAACACAACCUGUCACCUGCACAGUGGUCAGCUCUGGUCUUUGUGUUGCUGACUUCAGAAAAGGAGGUGGAUGUGUUUGACCUGAAGAAAUACUCCAGAUCAGAGGAAGGUCUUCUGAGGCUGCUGCCAGUGGUCAAAGCCUCCAGAGCUGUUCUGUGA